AUGUCCACAUCUGUUCAACUACACCCAUCAGCCCUCACUUCCCCUGACCACCCAGUUGUCCACUCUCCACUCCCACAACUCUUACAAACACCACAUGGCCUUGCGCUGCUGGAGUUACAAGGGACGAUCAACCUCACCCAGUCAGAGUCUGGGGAGCUAAUCCAGAUAGGACAAUUGAUUAUGUAG